UUGGUAUGAGUCAACAGCCUAAUUACGGAACAAAAGUUUAUGUUAAAUAUAGGUUAAGGCAACAACUGAAAAUGCUGAAAGAAAUGCAACAGGUGCUGCGUUUGCUCAUGCUAAUGGGAAAGCAAAGGCAAAAGCUUUGUUUAAGGACAGGCGGAGGACUUUUGUUGCUUUUGUGGACUGACACAGGAGUUUCUACGCAAAAGCUGAACUGCACUGUUAAUUGCACAGUUGCAGCGGCUGGCCCCUGGUGUGCAGGGAUUCAAAUGGAAGCCCUCCAACCUGUCCUUGCCAGUUUGAAAGAGAACAUGUUUCCCUGUGUGUGGCCAUGUAAUGAGCCUGACCCUGAGGAGCUGAGUGCCUUCACAGAUCUGUAUGGUUCCCUCAGAUUGCUUCUAUCUUUUCAGGUAAAAGACACAAGACAUUGCACUUCAGAGUGGCAAGCCCAUAUAGAGGCAUUCCUGCGCACAUUCUCUUUGGCUAAUGCCGGGAUACAAAUCCACCUCAAACUCAAAAUCAACGAGGAGACCUCACUGCGGGAACUGAGUGUAAAGUUCAAGAGAAGAGUUGCACUGGCGGACCAACUGUUACUGACCCUGGACGUCACCUGUUCUGCACCGCCUCCGUGGUGUGUGAAGAAAGGGUGCUGGUGUGUGAGAGGACACCCUGCUAUAGGAGGCAGGUUGCCCCUCAGCAUCCCACCACAAACCAUGGAGCAGGGCCUCUUUGGGGAUCUGAGUGUUCAGGUGGUUACACUCCUGACCCCCUGUCUGCUGCCGUACCCCAAUGUGACAACAGAACUUACUCACAUACAAGUGUUGGUAUACAACCCCAGUAACAUUCCUGUCAAUGGCCCCUCUGGCUUCUUUCAAAAACUUCCAGCUGUUCUGGACUGUCAAGAGCUGGGACUAGAUAGACUUUACUGCUCUUCUUUCAAAGAUCUUGUGUAUAGCGGCGGUACUGUGUACACAGUAGAGAAAGACAGCUGGGAUGAUCCAGAGCAGGAAUCAAGUCUUCCCACAGUGCAGCAGAGUCUCCUGCUUUUCUUCUUCUUACAGCAUAGUGACCCCUUCACCUCCCAGCUCACUGAUCUUAUGGCCACCGAGGUGUUGAUAGAGCUCCACCUGGAGGACAUUCUGAACAACAACAGGCAGGCCGUCGUAGCAGCCGUGCAGACUGAGCUGAAGAACACACUGAAAUCGCAAAAUCACAGAAAAAAGCAACAAGAAAAGCUGCACGCAGCUGCUGAGGUGAUUCUCAGUUCGUCCAUGAGCAUCGUGAGCAGCAGCAGUAGCAUGGACUUCAGAAAUGCCUGUCUGAACCGCAUGAAGGUUUGUGUUUGUCAGGUACAUGACACACAUGAGUUGGCAGCCUCCCUCCGUGAAUCACUGUGGAGAGUGACAUCAUGGAAAUUCGUUCCCAGGGCCAAGUGCUUUUCUACUAAGAUGGAAGUACAUCCUGAAAACGAUGAGCCCACCACAGCAGAAAUCUGAGAAUCUCUGUGUUUAUCUUAAGAGUUCUGUUAUGGUUAAAUGCUGCGGAGGCGGCAGAAGAGGGUUUGAAUGUGUUUAAAAAAUUUAAAGUGCACCAGUUGUGCUGCCAAAAGCAACAUCUGUUUAAUCCAUAAUUUUAAAAGCACAGUUGUUGUUAUAGCUUGGUUGCACCAGUUUAUUUUUGUAAUAAUAUUCCAAGGCUCAAAUUGAUCUCAGUUUUUCUUAUCAAUGUUAUACCCAUAGAAAAACGUCUGUAGCAUAUAUCUAUUUAGGAUGUGAGGUGACAUCACGUAGUGCUGGAGUACCAAAUAUACAUUAUUUGAGUGAAACACAGGGGUUUAACAGGAAGGUUUAGUGGGCUAUUACAAGUUUAAAGUCAGAGUUUUCAGUGUGAUAAAAGUGCCUCUCUUUUUACCUACAUCACCAUGGUAACCUGGAAAAAAAGCCCUAAAAUCAGAGGCAGUGAUACCUUUGUAUUUGUCACAGAUAGCCAGAAGAAUGCCCACCGGAUCUUUAAUGAGUAUCUGUUGUUGAGAUAUCUCCCUAAACUGACAAGAUUGGACCCUGAAAAAGCCCCAGUUCAGAUACUCAUCCGUGAAACAUUGGCAUUCAUCACCAAGAACUGUGCAAUCAAUAUAAUCAAUUUCACUUUGAUCUGGUGGCAAACAAAAGUGAUUUUCACAUCUUUUGGCUAUGUUCCAGUAAGUUUGAAUAUUUAAAAUUUGUAAAAUGUAAAGUUUCAGAGCUCUAACAUGCAUCCAUCCUAUUAGAAAUAAACAACAGCAUUAAAAUAAUUAACUGGAGUUCAAAUGUUU